AUGGCCGAAGAAGGAAACGCGAGAGUGCAGGACCCGAAUGAAUCCAUUAAACCUCAGGUGGACCCUGAUCAAAUACCAGCACUUGUUGCCAGGCUCUAUGGAAUACAGCCAGGAAACAUCAAGUCGUUGCCUAGUUACGACGAUCUCAACUUCUUCUUCCGACCCAUUGACAACAAGAACAUUUCUGGAAUCAACAAAGCUGGAUAUGUUCUGAAAGUCAUGAACACACUACAGUCCGCUUCUCCUGAAGGAAUUGAUGCCUCUAACGCCCUGUGUGCGCAUGUGCGGAAGCGAGGUAUUCCGACUCAGGACCCUGGCUUUUACCAUGCUUUCUAUGAGAACUAUUCCUUCUUAUGGAGUCUCACCGAGAUGACUCGUCUACGGGAAUUCUUUCCUGCCAUCAAAGACGCCAAUGAUCUUGACAUCGUCAAGAAGGUUGUAGAUGCAUUCGAGCGCGACAUUGUUCCCCGAUAUUCAGAAUUCACCCCAGGUGUUAUUCACGGUAAUCUGAAUGAUCAAAAUAUCAUCGUUUCUGAAGUGCCUGGGCAAGAAAUAGUACCAUGUGCUCAAUGCGUUUAUGAUGUCACUGCUAUUUUGGAUUGGUCUGACAUCACAAAGUCGUACUUUGUUUUUGACAUCGCCAUUAACAUCACGUAUUUGUCAAUCGAGUGCGAGGAGAACAAACAACUGGAUGUUAGUGGACACAUCUUGAAAGGCUACGCAAAAUACCGAAAGCUCAAUGACGCUGAAUUUAAAAGUAUUCCUUUCCUGGUGUGCAGUCGACUGUGUCAAAGCCUCGUUUUCGGUGCGCAUGCGUACUCGCAACAACCUGGAAAUGAGUACCUACUUACAACAGCUAAGAAAGGCUGGCCUCUUCUUCGUAAAUAUUGGAGUGCAGAUUACUCCAAAUUGUUAAACAACUGGAGAGUUAUAAUGAAAUCAAGCUUAAUUUCUAACAAACAUUUAAGGAAAUAG